GGUGGGUCUGCACUGUAUAGCCACAUGUCUCACACAGCACAGAAGCUUUAAGAGGACCAGAAUCAGAGAAAGGAGAAAAGGAGAGAGACGUGUUCACUUCUUCAUCAUCUUCCUCACUCGUUUGGAUUACUGAGGGUACAACAGACAGGUCACACUAUGGGAGGUAAGCUGAGCAAGAAGAAGAAGGGAUAUGAUGUCAGUGACCCUAAAGAGAAAAAGGAGGAGAGUGCUGUGGUAGCUACAGCUUCAACAGAGCAGAAAGCUGAAGCUCCUCAAAUAAACCAGGAUGGAACUGCAGAGAUCAAAGCAGAGCAAGUGGCCCAAAGUGCUACAGCUCCUCCUGAACCUCCAUCAGAAACAAACAAAGAACAAGUAAAAGAAAAGCAUGUGGAAGCUAUAACUGCCAGGGUGGAAGCUGCUUCAGCUCCACAAGAACUAACACCUGCCCCAGAGGUACCUGCACCUGCAAAAGAUGAGCCCACACCAACUGCAGAAAAAACAGCAGCUGCUGCAAUGGAAACUGCACCUGCCUCAGAAGAAAAAUUAUCUGCUCCCGUGGAACCAGAACAAUCCGUACCUGCCUCAGAGAAUCUAACAGCUGUACCUGUCUCUGAGGAACUAGUAGGACCUGCCCAUGUGAAACCUGCAAUUGUGGAACCUGCCUCUGAAGAAUCAGUAGCUGUCCCUGUGGAACCUGCCCCUGUGGAACCUGCCUCUGAAGAAUCAGUAGCUGUCCCUGUGGAAUCUGCCCCUGUGGAACCUGCCUCUGAAGAAUCAUUAGCUGCCCCUGUGGAACCUGCAUCUGCCUCCAAACCAAUAGAUUCCCAUGUGGAAUCUGCUUCUGCCUUUGAAGACCCAGUUGCUUCCCCAAAAGAAUCUGCACCUGCCACAGAAAAACCAGUAGCUACCCCUGUGGAACCUACACCUACCUUAGAAGAACCAGCAGCUGCCCCUGUGGAAUCUGCUCCUGCCUUGGAAGAACCAGCAACUGCCCCUGUGGAAUCUGCUCCUGCCUUGGAAGAACCAGCAGCUGCCCCUGUGGAAUCUGCUCCUGCCUUGGAAGAACCAGCAGCUGCCCCUGUGGAAUCUGCUCAUGCAUUGGAAGAACCAGCAGCUGCCCCUGUGGAAUCUGCUCCUGCCUUGGAAGAACCAGUAGCUACUCCUGAGGCAUCUGGUCCCUCUUCUGAAGAACAAUUAUCUGCCCCUGUGAAUCAUUCACAUGUCUCUGAAGAACCAGUAGCUGCCCCAGAGGAACCAACACCUGCCUCAGAUGAAUCAGCAGCAAAUGAAAAAUUUGUUGCCCCAGUUCAGGAACCACCGAUUGUACCUGAAGAUUCUGUUUCUUCUCCAGUAGAGUCUGCCGCUCCCCCAGAUGAACCAGAUAAACUGGCAGUUGAAGCUGUUCCUACCACAGUAGAGUCUGUUACUGUCCCAGAGGAGUUUGAACCUGUUCCAGAAGAGAAUGCUGUAGCCCUGGUGGUGCCCACAACUGUACAAGAAGUGAAUGUUUCUGCUCCCAUAGGGACUGCAUCCAGUGAACCAGCAGCUGCCCCAGAGGAGCCAACAGUGCUUGUAGAAACUUUGCCACAGAAAUCUGUACCAGAGGAGCCGGAUUUAUUUAAACAAUCUGCUGCGCCUGAGAAACCACUAGGUACACAAGAGGAUGAUUCUUCCCCAGUAGAGGCUGUAGAUGUCUCUGAGGAACCUUUAACUUCCCCAGUGGAGACAGUUCCUAUCUCCCAACAACCAUUACCUGCACUAGUAGAUAGUAUAUUGAUCUCCGAGCUGGCUGAAAGUGCUCCAGAGGAACCUACUGAGCCACUACAAAAAGCAACUAUUGAGGAAGGCUCACUUUGCCCAGAUGAGCCUGUAGCUGCCUCAGAGCUGGAUGGAAUUAAACUAGAUGAGUCUGUAAUUGCUGAAGAAGAGCCUGAAGCUGCUCAGGUGGAACUUGCAGCUGGCCAAGUAGUACAGGAAGCUGUCCAGGAAGUUUUAAAUGCUAUGGAAGUUAAGCAAGUACAAGCUGAGAUCACAGAACCUUCUGGGACUUUGGAACAAGAAGUUAAACCAGAGUCUGAAACAGUUUUAUUAGCACCUUCUGCCCCUGAAACAGAAGGUAAACCAGAAUUUCUUUCAGAUGCUGAGGAACCCGUACCUGAGAUUGUCAUUUCAGAAUCCACCUCAGCCAAUGAGAUCACACCUGCAGAACCCUGCAGAUUUACAGAGAAGACGCUGGAAAAUGGAGAAUGUGAAAGUGCUGGAUCAACAGAAGAACCUUCACCAGCAGUAGCUAAAGAAAAUGGAGUGUGCCAGGAGCAGGUGUUUGGUGAUGCUUCUGUAGAUGGUCCGGUAGAUGCUCUGGUAGCUGAACUUCAAGGCAAGGAGUGUGUGAAUGGUGUGGUGGCUGAACAGGAACUUAACUGUGAACUGAAAAAGGACUUAAACAUGGCUGGUGAUGUUGGAGACAUGGAGGAGUGUCUCAGUGUUGCAGUGAGCGAGGCUGUAGAUACACCAUGAAAAGAAAACACAAACCCCUCACAUGUGACGUCCAUCCUGAAGAAAAAAAAUUAAAGUACUCAUAUGACACAGACUUCCUGAAAUCGAAACGUCCAAAUCUGCCUUCACGGUGACUCAGAGCAGGGAAUUUAUGGUUACAGCCACUAAAGAACAAGAGAUGAAGAAUGGAGAGCAUCAUUGAGAAGGAGAUAAAAAAAUAUAUGGAGAGAAGAAGAAGUUGAUGAAGGAGA